AACAAUUGCUUUCUUACUUGCUCAAUAGGUUCUAUCUACUUUGUGGAGAAAUAUAGUGGCACUAGGAAUUGAGGGGGGUAAAGGGUCAUGGAUGUUUAGAAAUGGCUUCUGUUGGAAGCUGGAAAUAGGAGACAAAAUUAAAUUCUAGAGGGACAAGUGGGUAGGAACUGAAUCUCUAAGUGUAUCCUUUCCUAGACUCUUUAAUUUGGCAUCUAAUAGGAAUGCAACUAUUAUGGAAAUGGGACACUACUCUAAUGGCUCUUGGAGUUGGGAAUAUAUUUGGAGAUGUGAACCAUUUGGCAAGGAAAGGAAUGAAGAACAAAGACGAGGUGAACAGGCGUAAUGUUCAAAUGCAAAGGAGAGGAAGCAUCUAUCCAGAGGCGAUGAGAGUCAAAGGACGCAGCUAUGCAGAUGCGGUGACCGGUCAUAACGGAAGGAAUGCAAGGAUGCAGAUGAAUGAAACUAACAGGGGAGUAAAGCAAAUCUGGAAGGCCAAAACUUCAGAACAAAAUUGGACAGGAUUGGAGUUUAAUCCCAAGCAUGAAAACUGGAAGUGGCUUGAAGGGUGCUAUGUAGGAACGGCAAGAUCGGUGGAGAUAGUACCGGUUAUACAAGAACGUUUGUAUAUGGAAGGGUUGUUUUCUGUUAAAGUUAGAGCCAUGGGGGGGAGAAUGGUGUUACUAGAUGGAGAGGACAAAGAAGAGCUUAAGGAUUUGAUGGAAUCUGCAGCGGAAUGGCUCAGUCAAUGGUUCGAUGAAAUCCUUCCUUGGACCUCCACAAUGGUGGCUAGUGAUCGGUUUGUAUGGCUAAAAAUAAUGGGGGUUCCGUUAAAAGCAUGGGGAGAUAAUUUUUUCUCCACUAUUGCAAAUUUGUGGGGGAAAUUCAUUUCUCUUGAUGAUAGCACCAGAUUUAAGAAAAGGUUUGAUGUGGCAAGAGUGCUCAUUUCAACCACUCAGUUGAGCAUUAUUUCCAGGUUAUUGAGAAUUAAAGUGGAUGGCCAAUUCUACAACAUUAUGUGUAGAGAGGAGGAAGGGAGCAAUGGUUACUUUAAUAUUAAAACAGAUUACAAUCUGGAUUUUCAGUCUAAUUCGAAUAAUGAGGAUCUUGAGCUAUGGUCCACUGAUCAUUACUCUGGAGAAGAGUUUGAUGAUGAUAGCCAUGUUUUCCGGCGAUCAAGUCAAUCGAAUUGGUCUGAAGAGGAUGAUGGGGAAGAAGAUGUUGACAUGGCACUUGGAAAAGUCCAAGAAAUUCAAAAAAUUCAAAUUGUUGAUGAGACUUCUGCUGAGUGCAUUAAUGAGGUAGGAGGCGGAAGUGGAGAAAGUGGUAGUUCCAAGGAACUUAGCAUGGUGGAGGAGACACUAGGGGUUGAAACAGAAAAUUUAUUACCGCCACAGUGUCAUCAUGAGGAUUUGGUUGGUGUGGGGUCAGCCCGUUUCAAAUGGGAUAAGAAAAGUAAUGGAAAAUGGGUCAAAAACCCAUGAUGGUCAUCUAUCCCUCGGCCUGAACAAAG